AUGAGCGACAGUGAAGCAAGCAAUUCUCCCAAGCAGAGGGCCUCCGCGAGUGAGCGAGCUCUAUGGAUGACCAAGGGAGCCCUGGUCCGCGACGAUUCCGACGACGAGCUUGGGGUUGAGGACCUUCCGUGGGAAUGGGUCUACGAUGCGAAUGAAGUAAAGGAGGAGGAAGGCAACGAUGGGAGCCCACAAAAGCGGGGCCGGAGACGUUCUUCACGACCUGCUCCCCAGCGCCGGAGGAUUGUUGGGGCGCGGAUGGGUCGAUUCGAAUGCAAAGUUGGUGAGGUGAUUCUCUUGAAGUCUCCGGAGGCUGGAAAGGACUGGGUGGGCGUCAUCACCGAAUUCGUGGAGGAGGAAGAUGAUGAUGAGGAAGAGGACGAGGUUGUCAAAUCCGCCAAUAUUAUGUGGUUCGCAUCGCCCGACGAAUUCAUGGGUACCCGAAACAAGCGCCGCACCGAUGCCUUGCCCAACGAGCAGUAUAUCACCCUCGAUUUUAAUACCAACCCUUUGACAUCAAUCAGCGGGAAGGGUAUUGUCAUGUCACAGAAUGCCUUCUAUAAAAGAUAUCCGAACGGUCCACCGAAGAAUAAAACCGAAUUGGCGGAAUACAACAAGUGCAUUGUUUGUCGACGAGGUGUGAACCAGGUCCAGGGAAGAUACACGGAUGAGUUCGUGUGGGAGGAGGUAUACAACCAAGACAGGAUCCAUGAUCUGAUCGACCUGGUCAAGGAGGGCUUGAAGGGUUCGAGGAAACGCAGGGCUGCGGACGACGAGUACGUCGACAGCAAGGAGAUUGCAGCUCCCAGCACCCCAAGGAAGAAACAACGACUGGCGACAGGGAAUGCUACGCCGCAGUCACAGCGCAAAAAGGCCUUGACCACCCCAACCCACAAACGGAUCGUGGUCAAGAAGCCCCUCGAGUUCACACCACUGGGCACACGAGUUCUUUCCCCUACGCACUUCGCAUCCCCCUAUCGUCAAGCCCGCAACUUGCUUCACGUCUCAACUGUUCCAGACUCACUGCCAUGCCGAAAGACUGAGUUUAACACCGUUUACAACCACCUCAGCGCUGCUAUCAUGGAGGGCACAGGUGCCUGUAUCUACAUCUCAGGUACCCCCGGUACAGGCAAGACAGCAACAGUGCGCGAAGUAGUUGCACAGUUGAAUGGCGCCGUGCUUGAAGAAGAGAUGGACGAUUUCAUCUUUGUUGAGAUUAACGGCAUGAAAGUUACAGAUCCGCACCAGUCCUACUCCCUAUUGUGGGAAGCCCUGAAGGGUGAUCGAGUCUCACCCUCCCAUGCACUUGAUCUGCUUGAGCGGGAAUUCUCCCACCCCUCGCCUCGCCGGGUAUCUUGUGUGGUGCUUAUGGAUGAGUUGGACCAACUGGUUACAAAGAACCAGUCCGUCAUGUACAAUUUCUUCAAUUGGCCUGCUCUCCGCCACUCUCGGCUGAUUGUAUUAGCCGUCGCAAACACCAUGGAUCUUCCCGAGAGAACUCUUAGCAACAAGAUCUCCAGUCGUCUCGGUCUAACCCGUAUCACCUUCCCGGGAUACAGACACACAGACCUUAUGGAGAUUAUUAGUACCCGUCUCGCUAAUGUCCCCGGCAACAUCGUCGAUCCAGAUGCUGUCCAAUUCGCCAGUCGGAAGGUAGCAGCCGUCAGCGGUGACGCCCGAAGAGCCUUAGACAUCUGCCGCCGCGCCGUCGAAAUCGCUGAGCAAGCAGCCGACGAAGCUGCCGCGGCAGAGGACACAGAGAAAGACGAGACAGAGUCAUUGCCUCCCACACCGAGCAAAACCCCUGCCCGACGCAACAAGGCAUUGGCAGCAGUGGCGGCCAAUGAUUUACCAACCCCCAAAGCCGGACUUGCAAAGGGCCAACCAGGCCGAGUAACCAUCGCCACGAUCAAGCAAGCCAUCCACGAAGCUACAUCUACCCCCCUCCAACAAUCCCUCCGCUGCCUCCCUCUAUCAGGCAAGCUUUUCCUCGCUGCACUUCUAGCCCGAGUGUCCCGAACAGGUAUCUCGGAAUCGACAUUUGGCGACAUCCUAGACGAAGCACGCCGCAUCGCCGAUGCAGCUGUUGCCGUUGCUGGUGCCGCCGGUGCUGGCGUGAAAGAGUUCCUGCUAGGUGGCGGUCCCAGCGCUCGAGUGCGUUCCAUGGGAUAUGCGGCUAUGGAGCUUAUGAACUCGGGUAUUCUUGCACUGGAGCAGGGUACUGGGUCUAAGAGUGUACUUGGUGGUACUACGAUUCCCACAAGGGGUGACCGCAGCAGCAAGGUUCGGCUUAGAGUUGCCGCCGAGGAUGUUAGGUCUGCAUUCCGGGAGGAUGUUGAGGCUAAGGGCUUUGGUUUGGGUAUUGAGCAGUGA